AUGUUCCCGUACGAUAAACUUGAUGAAUACUUUUUCUAUGAUACACCUACGGAUUUACUCGCCACAUGUGGGCAACUAAAUGUGAAUUCCAGUCAAGUCUAUAAAGUACAAUGUAUUGUUACGAAAGUUCUUGGGAUAUGGUCAGCAUAUUUAUUACCAAUCAUAUGUGGACUUGGUUUAAUUACACACAGUCUUGUUAUAACAAUUAUAUUUAAAUGUUUAAAAUGUACACCGCGCCAGUUAAUCUAUACUGGUUGUUUAAGUUGUUCCAAUAUAUUGACAAAUAUUUUGUUUGCUUGGUUAUGGUUAUUUCCCGCAAAAGGUUUACCAUACAUAACCAACGGACAAAUUUAUUACUUCAUAUUUAAUACAUCAAGAAUUGCUUGUCGCCUAUGUCGUUUCACUUAUUCACUGAGUACAACAUUAACUAGUAAUUUAAUAUUAUGUUCAGCGAUCGAUCGUUGUUUGAGUAUAUAUUUCCCAGUGAAAUUAUUACAUUUAUCGAAUCGUCAUGUAUGGUAUAUAUGCUUAAUUGUUUUAAUCAUCAGUAGCAUUAUGAUGUCACCAUUUUUAAUUGUAAUUGAUUGGAUACAAGUUGGACAAUUUCAUAUUUGUUGGAUAGAGGAAUCGUUAUUUCAUUUACAAAUUUAUCAUACAUUAUUCGCUAAUUUAGGCUUAGUACAAAGCAUUUUAAUUGUUAUAGUAAAUAUUGCUUUUAUCACACGUCUUAUCAUACAAACUAAACGAACACGUCAUACUAUGGCACAUAACAAGAAAGAAUUAAAACAUAUCUCCAUUUCUAUUAUUCUCUUAGCAUUUUCAAUGUCAUAUGUAUUGACUGCACUACCUCAAACUACAGUUUAUUUAUUAGCGUUUCUAUGGUCGUAUACAAAUGAGGUGAUUGAUGAACUAUAUGAAGUAUGGAUAAGACUUAUGUAUAAUUUAGCAGAUAUUGGUUGGAAUCUUCAUUUUACACGAGAAUUAAUUGAUUUAAUCAUGUAUUUUAUAUAUUUGAAACCAUUACGUCGAAUAUUAUUGUAUAAGAUUAAAAAAUUCAUCAAUAUAGCUCAUUCAUCGAAUCCGAACACGUCAGAUCAUGCAUCAUUAAAAUAAUAUACAUAAAGGGAAAUCACUGAUUAAAAAAGAACAAUGUAUAAUGCGUUGGUAAAAGUUAGACGGUUUUAAUUCAAACAAUUAUUCUUAUUUUUACUAUUAUUUCAAUGAUCUUUUCCUCAACUAUCUUCUUUUUAUUGGAUUAUUGAUGAUAAGGUGCAUUUCACUUUGGAAAAAUGUCUUUUUUAUUUGGUUUUCACUUACAUUAGUUAAGAAGAAUAAAAGAAUAAAAUGACAAAGACAACAAUAACUAUGUUGCAUAUAACCAACUUAUCCAAUGAUAAGCAAAUGAAAAUUAAAUUUACAAAAGAAAAGUAACCGUUUCAUUUUACGUCUGUUUAGUUUAUUACUAGUACAUUUAGAAACUCAUGAUUACUUCAUACAUCACAUAAAUUAUGUCAUAUUCAUUUAGAACUCAGACGUCUUUUUUGACACUAUAAAAU